UUGAUGUUCGAAUAAUACGAUAAUAGAUGAGCCAUCAGUAGCAAAAAAGGUUAAUCAUCUUUCCGUCCACAAAACCUGAAUCCGCCAUCUGUUUCUUCUUCUCCACUCCACUCUUCUAAUAUAAAAUAAAAUAAAAUUAUAAUAAAUUAAUAAUCUUUGCUUUUUUGGCGAUUAAUACCAAUUUCCAAAUCAUAAACUAAGACACACACCCCAUUUUCUCUUCUUACCAAAGUUGAUUCCUUUUUCAGGAAAUUGUUCUAUCAGUUAUAGUUCGAAAUGGCUUCCUCCACUCUCAUCUCCGACACUCAGCCAUGGAAGGAUUUGAAGGCCCAUGUUGACGACAUUAAAAAGUCUCACUUACGUGAUUUAUUGAGUAACGAAGAGAGAUCCCGGUCAAUGCUUGUUGAAUUUGACGGAAUUCUAUUGGACUACUCAAGGCAGCAGGCCACCCUUGAAACAAGGGAAAAACUCUUCCAAUUGGCUGAGGUUGCAUCCCUCAAGCAAAAAAUCAACCAGAUGUACAAUGGGGAACAUAUCAACAGCACUGAGAAUAGAGCAGUACUUCAUGUAGCUCUUCGUGCUCCAAGAGAUGCUGUUAUACAGAGUGAUGGAAAGAAUGUUGUCUCAGAUGUUUGGAAUGUUUUGGACAAGAUCAAGGAAUUUUCUGAGAGGGUCCGCAGCGGAUCUUGGGUUGGAGCUACUGGAAAGGAACUGAAGGAUGUUGUUGCCAUCGGUAUUGGUGGCAGCUUCUUAGGUCCACUAUUUGUGCACACAGCUCUUCAAACAGAUCCUGAAGCAAUUGAAUCUGCAAAAGGACGUCAGCUGCGCUUUCUUGCAAAUGUUGAUCCAAUUGAUGUUGCUAAAACAAUCAGAGGAUUAAAUCCUGAAACAACACUAGUUGUGGUUGUGUCAAAGACUUUUACGACUGCUGAGACCAUGUUGAAUGCCCGAACGCUCAGGGAAUGGAUUGUAUCUGCUCUAGGGCCAUCUGCCGUUGCAAAACAUAUGGUCGCAGUUAGCACAAAUCUUGCGCUUGUGGAAAAGUUUGGCAUUGACCCUAAUAAUGCUUUUGCAUUUUGGGACUGGGUUGGUGGCCGAUAUAGUGUGUGCAGUGCUGUUGGAGUGUUUCCCUUAUCCCUACAAUAUGGUUUCUCAGUAAUUGAGAAGUUUUUAAAGGGAGCUAACAGCAUUGAUCAACAUAUGUAUUCAGAACCAUUUGAAAGAAACAUACCUGUGCUUCUGGGAUUGUUGAGUGUAUGGAAUGUCUCAUUUCUUGGAUAUCCUGCCAGAGCCAUCUUACCUUAUACUCAAGCCUUGGAGAAGUUGGCACCACAUAUUCAACAAGUUAGCAUGGAAAGUAAUGGCAAGGGUGUUUCAAUUGAUGGUGUCCCUCUACCAUUUGAGGCUGGUGAAAUUGAUUUCGGUGAACCAGGAACAAAUGGACAGCACAGUUUUUAUCAACUUAUACACCAGGGACGCGUUAUUCCAUGUGAUUUUAUUGGAGUUGUGAAAAGUCAGCAACCUGUUUAUUUAAAAGGUGAGGUUGUGAGCAACCAUGAUGAGCUAAUGUCAAACUUCUUUGCACAGCCAGAUGCCCUUGCCUAUGGGAAGACUCCCCAACAAUUGCAGAAUGAGAAUGUUCCUCAACAUCUUGUGUCACACAAGACAUUCUUAGGCAACCGGCCUUCUGUCAGCAUUCUGCUUCCUUCAUUGAAUGCUUAUAAUGUUGGACAGUUGUUGGCAAUCUAUGAACACAGAAUUGCCGUAGAAGGUUUCAUAUGGGGCAUCAAUUCUUUUGAUCAGUGGGGAGUUGAGCUAGGGAAGUCAUUAGCCACUCAAGUCAGAAAGCAACUUAAUGCAUCUCGUACAAAAGGAGAACCAAUUCAAGGCUUUAAUUUCAGUACUACAACUCUGAUCACAAGAUACCUUCAGGCAAGUGCUGAUGUUCCAGCUGAUCCACCAACUAGUUUACCUCAGAUAUAAUAUUACUGCCUUUUUGGUGGAAUGUUAUUUUUGAUAUUGAAAAGGAUCAAACUCAUCUUACCAAUCUUACUCACAUAAGCUGUGAUAUAAACACAGCAUGCUUCAACCUUUUUGUUUGUGGACUACAUUUUGAAAAGAUUUGGCAUGUUAUCAAUCAUACCUUUCUUUUUGUUGUGAAAAUGAUGUCAUGUUAAAAACACUAUCAUUUUGAAUUGGCAUGUCUGAGGAACUCAAUACAUUCAUGUCAAUUUAAUGAGUUGAAUGUUGUGAAAUGUGAAUUAGCAAUAAAUGAGUAUUUUCCUUUCCCUUUUA